UGACGAUUUCCGCCACGAUUCUAAGAAAUAUAUGAGAGCCACAUGAGGAUAGUUAUAUCUUUGGGCACUUCAACAGUUUAGAUACACUACUACUUCUUUGUCUAUCAAAGUUAUCUCAGACUUAUUGACUGUUGCUCGGUAACAAUGAGUGACCGUUUGUGCCGGAGAAUCUGAAUUUGCACCAAGGAGCACCCGAUAAACUUACUGACGGCUGAAUGAACAAAAUGGACCGAUGGUCGAAAGAAGUCCUUUAUGUCGCCUGUCUUUUUGCAGCAACAAGUAUGAGUAGGUGUAUGAUAUAGUAACCAAUAAUUUGCUUUCAUUCAUCAAGAUUCAAUGGAAUUAAUUUUAAUCAAAAUAACCUCAUUGCCAACUGAAAAUCAGGAGGCUUCGAUCUGUAGUCAAGCUAUCCCAUAUAUGCGAUCUGAUAUUUUCAAUUUUGUUUACCAUUUACUGAAUAACGAAUUCCUCAAUAAUUCGGAACAAGAACACUUCUUACUUGUAAAGGGGAAUGUAUUAAGCAGGUUCCAGGCGCAUUUUUCAAACUGCAUCUGGCCAUCAAACGCAGCUUCCUCUUUCACUUUGUAUACAUGAAAUUUAGUAAAUCGAAAUGUAAAUGCAAGUAUGUCGAACAAGUAUUUAGGGCAGGAGAAGGAAAUCAACAACAAUUUCCUAGCUUUACAACAGAAAGUUGGCUUUCAAACUUGAUACAGUUUUCUUAUCUUAUAACUGAGCGGGGUAUCCAAUAGAUGCGAAAUAAAGCUUUAAUUCACCCUGAACUUGACCUCUUCAUUUCUAGGAAAUGUUGAUAAAUUUGGCACUUGUCCCUUUCCAUUUUCUUAUGGAUCGAUGGCCGUUUUUAUACCUGAGACGUAUUAUUCCUCUAAAAGAACUUGGGCAAAUAAUAGUAUCUGUUAAUAUUUUAUGCUUUUACGCACUAGAAAGGUAGUUCAUCUAGUUCAUCUUUUACCCUCCUGCCAUCUUACAUCCACGUGGCGUGGGUGGCUUCACCUCCUAUUGUAGUAACUCUGGUGGGGCUUUUUUUUCGUAGUGUUGAAACAAAAAAGGAAAAAAAACUGUUCAAAUAUCUGUAGACUAGCUAGAGUAGGCCCUUACAGAUUUUUCUGGUAAAAGUAGCAUAUUAUGCCACCAGCAUUGCCCGAUGUUUUUUUUCUCAAAUUAUGCUCAAAAUUAUGCUCGUUUUUGAAAAUUAUGCUACUUUUUAUUAAAAUAUGCUUUUCGAAGAAGAGACAGAAAUGAAGUCCAAAUUAAAUAUUCAUCGCAAAUAUAGAAUUAUAUCCUCUUUAUUCUGAGUUACAUACUUGCUCCUAUAAAACACAAUUAACUACUGCAAUUAAUUCCAGCGGUGACUUAAUGUGUCAAAAUGUACCAUGUCAGCAUCAUGUUUAUUUUCGACGCCGUUUUGUUACCUAUGAAGGCGGGAAGUGGGAUCUUCGCAAUCUUUACUUCCGGUGUGCCCAAACGAAGGUCGACUCAGUACUGCGGUACCUUUCCUCUCCCAAGACAUUGCAAAAUUGAAACUGAACCAUGAACCAAACUCAAAAAUUUUCAAUCUUAGAGACCUAAUUAAUUAAAAUAGUCAUGACCCUGGUAAUGUUCCCCGCCCCCCCCCCAAAAAAAAAAUUAAAACAUGCUAGCGGUGCUAUUUUCAUAAAAAGAGCAAAAAUUAUGCUCCUUUGGCCAAAUUAUGCCAAAACUUAUACUAGAACAAUCUAUGAGAGUUAAAAGCACUCAUUUUCGUCUUUGUUGUUGUUGUUUUUUUUGUUCAAUGUCUUGUUAGUUUGUUCUCUUGUAAUUCUUAAUUCAUGUGUUGGUUGUUGUUAUUCAUUUUGUAGCCAACUUUACCAGAGCACUUGAGCAUAUCCGUCUUGAUUCUAAUGGCAAUAAUGUGAUGGUUGGUGGUAAGUACUCCUUUCUUUAAUUUAUGACACCAGGAAAUUGUGAUUAACUCCAUCGACACCCUCUUUGUAACAUGGAUGCAAACUGGGUGGCUCUCCUCUGUCAAGUGAUAAAUAUUUUUAUACAUAGACUCACUAAAAAAAGUCUGGUUGGUCGAUAUCAUUCAAUCAAUAUACAAUAGCGUGUAAAGCUGACAUGAUAAUCCAAUAUCUGUAGCGGAAAUUGGAUUUAUUAUGAACAUGUUGUCUAGUUUCCAGGCCUCUCAUGCGUGUAGUGGUUUCAAUUUUUGUAAACUCAGAGAGAAGUGUCUUCUUCAGCAGAUUGUUUAAAAAUGCAUAAUAAAACAAUUAUAGAAUUCGAUUUUCGCACGAUAUAUAGAGAAUAAUACAUGGGCGCGUGUAAAUAUGGAAUUUAUCUUCGAGUGUUGAACUCGAUAUCUCACCAAUAAGCGCAGCAAGCGAGUGAGAUGUCGAGUUUGUGGACAAUCUUAGUAUUAAAUCCUUUUAUCACAUAAACUGCGGUGUUAUACAAGAAUUUCCGGCCCUGAGGAAAGCCGUAACAACACGUGAAAAAAUGUCGUAUUUUUUCACGUGUGUUGAUAUACCCAAUUAGCUGCUUACACGUCACUCGCCUUUGGCGCCACUCGGUCAGGUUGAUGAAAGAACAGCAAAGUCUUCACGACUCUCAAUUACAAGUUGUUUGUCGGAGCUUCCUGGAAUUAUGGCGACUAAAACACUAAAAAGUCCGUAUCGCUGACAAACAAUGAGGUUCAGACUUUCCUAGAAGAGGAAGAAAACCAAUAUACUAAAAGGAAAACCGAAAGUUGCGUAUUAGUGGCUUUGGCGUUAACAUUUCUCUCGGCUGAUAAUGAAAAUCGACAACCGGAAGAUUUGCCACUGGCCGAUUUUGGCCGUUUACCUGAAAGACUUCUUCUGUCGGUAAGGACAAAGUCAAUCAAUAGGAAUUUUUUAAAUCGAAAAUUACGACCAUUGUUGUUUUUGUAAUCAUGAUUCAACGCAUUUUUCCAUCUUAAGAGUCUGCGCCAACGCACUUUACGAUUGUUAAUCGAGGAUUGUCGAUUCAUUUAUUUUCAUUAAUCAAUGAGGUCGGCUUUUCUUCUCAGUGAAGGGCUAUUCUGUUUAUAUGAUAAACAAAAUAAUACAUGGUUGCUUGUAGAUAUGGAAUUUCUCUUCUCGUGUUCAACUCGACAUCUCACUCGUUCGCUGCGCUCACUCGUGAGCUAUCGAGUUAAACACUCGAAGAGAAAUUCCACAUCCACGCGCGCCCAUGUAUUAUUCUCUAUUUAUCCAACUGCUCUAUUUUAUGUCAUUUCUUAUUAGGCGGGAUAGAAAAGCAUAGCAGUUGCAGCCCACUGGCUAAACAUGUUUUUUUUUUUUGUUUUUUUUUAUAGUUCAAAAUAACCGACUGUCCAAUAUUGAUUCCCACAUUAUUCUUACUCUUCUUGGUGCAGUUGAAUGAGAAAGAAAUAUAUCAACAACUACAAGUCUACUCAACCAAAUUCUUCGAAUUAACCACAUAAGAAUUGUUUGUCUGCCAGUAAGGAGAAUUACUAAUUAGAUAUUGGGAGUUAAAGGGAAUUGCUGAUCACGAUAAUUCUUCUCAACAGUAACUCCGUAUGGAAACAUUACCAUUAAAUGGUCGUUUGGACAAUAUGAUAUUGAACGAAUUGUAAUGGCAAUCAGCAACGCUUCCAAUGUUAUUGGGAGAUUUCAGAAUGGAGAAUACCGCUGUUACAAAGAUGGAUUCCUCACGGAAACGGAAUGUCAGGAACACUACUCACUGACUGUGAAUGCAUCGAGUGACAUCACUAUUGCAAUGAGAAAUAUCUUAGAUCCUUAUUUCGGAAGCUACCUAAUAUCUGUUUACCGUGGAACAGACGACAAAAUAGACACCUUAUGGAUCAUAGUCUACAAGAAAGGUAAGCUGAGUACUUUCCCAUGUGCUCUUAAAUAAUAAUAUAACAAGUAUAUAGAAUAAUGAGUAAUAUGGGCGGUAUCUAGAGGGUGUAACAGACGUUUAACAUAUAUUUUAUUUUUGCAGAAUUUUUACUGCGAGAUAGGAGCCCAAUUGCAAUGACUCCAACGGUAUCCCUGCCACAUGCCACAUACAGAAGACCACAUCACCACCGAGGAGAACAAGCCCAGUGAACAGCUCCCUAAGAGUAACGGUACAGUGGAAAACCACAUUAGUCGGCCCAGUAAGUUUACUGCCCGUUGGAAUACUUAUUUCUAUUUAAGAUUCCUCAUUGAAAAACGGCUUGUACUGUUACCCUGACGUUUUUAGCAAGUGCAUUCCACGGCUUUCUUAAAAGGCAAAAGGUACUUUUGUUUAAGGAAAGGAUGCGAAAGAGAAAUAAAAAUGAGAAUCGGGAGGCAUCACUUAGAUUUUAGCGAGAAAAAUCUUGGAAGAGUACGAGUAUGAAAAUUAACUUUGCAGCGUGGCUGAGGAGCAGUGAGGACCGACCAUAAAAGUGAAGAGUCAAGCAAACCUGGAGACUUUUUGCUUUAAAUGAGUGAUUUUGUUUCGAGUUACAAAGUUAUAAAUAUGGAAUAAUGCAUGGGUGCGCACAGAUACGGAAUUCCUUUUCAGCUCUUCAACUUGAUAGCAGCGAACGAGUGAGAUAUAGAGUUGAACACGUGGAGAGAAAUUCCAUUUCUACGAGCAACCGUGUAUUAUUUUGUUUAUUAUAUAAACACAAUAUGCCUUUACUGAGAAGAAAAGUCUACCUUAUUUAUGAAUGUAAAAAUAGGAUCCACAAUCCGAUAUACAUAUUCUGAAAAUAUUACUGUCUAAUUUAUUCAACUUUCUUAUCUCGCCCACCUUUAGCUUACGACGGAAAAGAAAAGGCUGUACCGAGUGGAUGGCGUAUACCUGUUCUCGCAAUCUCUACUGGCUUUUCAUACCGCUUGUUAUUGAUAGCGAUAUCAUGGUACAAGAACACAUAGGAAAAUAUAAUUUAAUUUACCAAGAGGACAAUGAUUCAUUAAUACGCGACGUUUGCUUAAUCCUUUGAUGAAACUUUGAGCCAUUUGCACAUUUCUAAUAGUGCCCUUUCGUUCCACUACAAUUCAC